GAUAAGACUUCAUCAUAUCACUAGGUGCUAGUAGUAAGCUUUAGUUUGAUAUUCAGUAAAGAGCUUCAGUUCUACCGUAACCAUAUCACAAUUUCYCAGAGCCGGAGCGUUUGCUAAGCAGGUUAAAGCUGUGACCUUAAUCUUCACGCCAUGGUACGUUUGGAAGUUGUGAUUGCGUUGAUGUUUUUGACUCUGGUUUUUGGUGGGUUUGUGACGUCUGACCUUGUCGAAGAUGAAGAUGCAUCUUUAAAUGAAGAACUCAAGGGACCUAAAGACGACAACCUUGCUAAAAAAUUCAAGUGGCGGAGAUGUAGACGACAAUCAGACUGCGGUGCAGGAUACUUCUGUAGAUGGUACUGGUGUUAUCCUAAACGAUCGUGUAGUGGACACAUGCACUGCGACCUCAACAGUUAUUGCGACACCCGUGACCGCGUGUGUAAGCCAGGCAAGCGAAGAUGUCGAUCUCACCGGCACUGCAGAAGUUCUUACCUUUACUGCAAGAAUAACCAGUGCGAGAGAAAACAAUGCUUCCGCCACUAUCAGUGUCCCUCCGGUCAGAUCUGUCAAAGACCCGGCGUGUGCGUCAACUAUGUUCAGACUUGCAAAAGACACAGAGAUUGCAAAGUGUCGGGAUACAUCUGCAUUAAUGACUUAUGCAAGAAGCGUCAGUGUUACAGAGAUAACGAGUGUCAAUUCGGUCACCAAUGUGUGACACCUGGGCUGUGCCAGCUAAGACAAGGCUACUGCCUGGACAAGUCUAACUGCCCUUCCAACCAGUGUUGUCUCAAGCGAUGGAACAAUGUUAAAGUUGGAAUGUGUACUUACCUUCAGCGCCCUGGUCAUUGGUGCGAUGUUCAGGAGAAAUUUUCCUGUCCAUGUGUUGAAGGGCAUACCUGUCGAAAGAACUGGAUCUGGGGUACAUGUGUCUAUGCACCCACCACCAGUCCACCUCGGCCAACUACUGUCGAGCCAACAGAGGAGCCUGGGUCAGGUUCAGGAGACUUUGAAGUCUGAGUCAAUGAUAUCAUGUUUAGUCAUUACGAUAAUGUGGGUUCAUAUGAAUAUAUGGAAUAAAGUAAAGUAAAACAA